AUGGGGCCCCUGCCAGGAGCUGUGUGCGUGGCCGGACAGUGCCCAGCUGGCCCCCAGAGGCUGAGCCCAGGCCCCGCUUCCCGCAGCAGCAAGGCCCCACGGUUUUCCAUUGGGUGCAGCCUGGCCGAGGCUACCCUAAAGGAGCAGAGGAAGGGGCUGGAGAAGGAGAAGGAGGCGCUUGGGAGAAUGUCCCCCUUCCUGCGGUGCCUGCUGAUAAUUGGCUCUCCGGAACCAGCUCGGGACCCACGGGCCAGCUGGGCCAGGAAGCAGUGCACAAUGCUGGGGGGGGACUCUGCGUGGUCGCAGACUGUCAGCAUCAAUAAGGCCAUUAAUACGCAGGAAGUGGCUGUAAAGGAAAAACACGCCAGAACAUGCAUCCUGGGCACCCACCAUGAGAAAGGGGCACAGACCUUUUGGUCUGUUGUCAACCGGCUGCCCCUCUCUAGCAACGCUGUCCUCUGCUGGAAGUUCUGCCACGUGUUUCACAAACUCCUCCGAGAUGGACACCCAAACGUCCUGAAGGACUCUCUGAGAUACAAAAAUGAACUGAGUGACAUGAGCAGGAUGUGGGGCCACCUGAGUGAGGGCUAUGGACGGCUGUGCAGCACCUACCUCAGACUGCUAAGAACAAAGAUGGAAUAUCACACCAAAAAUCCCAGGUUCCCUGGCAACCUUCAGAUGAGCGACCGGCAGCUGGACGAGGCUGGAGAGAGCGACGUUAACAACUUUUUCCAGUUGACAGUGGAGAUGUUUGACUACCUGGAGUGUGAACUUAACCUCUUCCAAACUGUGUUCAAUUCCCUGGACAUGUCCCGCUCCGUGUCAGUGACGACAGCCGGGCAGUGCCGCCUGGCCCCGCUCAUCCAGGUCAUACUGGACUGCAGCCACCUGUAUGAUUACACCGUCAAGCUCCUCUUCAAGCUCCACUCCUGUCUCCCAGCUGACACCCUGCAAGGCCACCGGGACCGCUUCAUGGAGCAGUUCUCGAAGUUGAAAGAUCUGUUCUACCGCUCAAGCAACCUCCAGUAUUUCAAGCGGCUCAUUCAGAUCCCUCAGCUGCCGGAGAACCCACCCAACUUCCUGCGAGCCUCUGCCCUGUCAGAACACAUCAGCCCCGUGGUGGUCAUCCCGGCCGAGGCCUCGUCCCCGGACAGCGAGCCAGUCUUGGAGAAGGAUGACCUCGUUGACAUGGAUGCCUCACAGCAGAACUUAUUCGACAACAAGUUUGAUGACAUCUUUGGCAGCUCGUUCAGCAGCGACCCCUUCAAUUUCAACAGUCAGAACGGCGUGAACAAGGAGGAGAAGGAUCACUUAAUUGGUCAACUCUACAGAGACAUCAGUGAGCUGAAGGCACAGCUAGAGAACUUGAAGACUGAGACUCAAGAACAGACCGAAGUACUGGACAACUUGAAGCAAGAACUUGCCACCAGCAAACAGGAACUCCAGAUUGUCCAAAGCAGCCUGGAAACUUCUGCCCAGGCAGAAGCCAAAUGGGCGGCACAGCUCGAGGAGCUAGAGAAGGAGCGGAGCGGCUUGGUGCACGCUGUGGCCCUCCGGGAGGAGGAAUUAUCUGCUCUUCAGGAACAGCUGGAACUCGCCCAGCGGGAACUAUCCAGCACACAGGAAUCAGUGUGCCAGCUCGCCAAGGACCAACGCAAAAUGCUUCUGGUGGAGACCAGGAAGGCUGCGGAGUGGGUGAUACAAGAGGCCCUGCGGCAGCUGGAGGAGCCCCCUCUGAUCAGCUGUGCCGGAUCUGCAGAUCACCUUCUUUCCAAGGUCAAGUCUGUUUCCAGCUGCAUUGAGCAACUGGAAAAAAGCUGGAGCCAGUAUCUGGCCUGCCCGGAAGAUAUCAGUGAGCUUCUCCGCUCGGUAACCCUCCUGGCCCACCUAACCAGUGACACCAUGGCUAAUGUUAGCACCACCUGCCUUCGAGCCCCACCGGAGCCUGCUGACUCACUGACCGAGGCCUGCAAACAGUUUGGCAAGGAAACCCUCACCUAUCUGGCCUUCCUGGGGGAAGAAGGAAUGCUUGAGAAUGACAGCACAGCCAUGAAGAGCUGCCUCAGUAAGAUCUCCGCCAUUGGCGAGGAGCUCCUGCCCAGAGGCCUGGACAUCAAGCAGGAGGAGCUGGGGGACCUGGUGGACAAGGAGAUGGCUGCCACGUCAGCUGCCAUUGAAACUGCCACGGCCAGGAUAGAGGAGAUGCUCAGCAAAUCCCGAGCUGGGGACACAGGAGUCAAAUUGGAGGUGAAUGAAAGGGACGCAGCCGAUCUGGUGGUACAAGGCAGAGGGAAAUUUGAGGAACUGAUGGUGUGUUCGCAUGAAAUUGCUGCUAGCACAGCCCAGCUUGUGGCUGCGUCUAAGGUGAAAGCUGAUAAGGACAGCCCAAACCUGGCCCAGCUGCAGCAGGCCUCUCGGGGAGUAAACCAGGCCACCGCCACUGUUGUGGCUUCGACCAUUUCUGGCAAAUCACAGAUCGAGGAGACAGACAACAUGGACUUCUCUAGCAUGACACUGACCCAGAUCAAACGCCAGGAGAUGGAUUCCCAGGUCCGGGUGCUGGAGCUGGAGAAUGAACUGCAGAAGGAGCGUCAAAAACUGGGAGAGCUUCGGAAAAAGCACUACGAGCUCGCCGGUGUUGCCGAGGGCUGGGAAGAAGGAACAGAAGCAUCGCCACCAGCACUGCACGAAGCGGUCACCGGAAAAGAAUAG